UCUUUAAUUCGUCCAUAUCUAUUCUCCUUCUCUCUUGCAUCACAUCUAAUUUACAGCCUUUUUCCGGCAACCGCCAUUUCCAUAUUCAAAGCCCCAUUCAGCCGGAAUACUUCUUUCCAAGUGCGAAAAUCUUCCUCCCUUCGUGCAGCAAGAUAAAUAUAUUCUUGGUUGCAGAUAAAUACUUGCGAAACUGCUUUCUCAGGCUCCCUGCUUGUCUCAAACUCCAAUACAAUGAUAGAAGCUGAUAGUGAAAUUAUUAAGCCUGAGAUUCUGAAGGCUUAUGUAUGGCUUCAAACUGCUGAUGAUUCAAUACAGCAAGUUGAACAAGAAAUUGCCAUGUUUUGUCCAUUCAUAUGUCGUGAAAUACAUUCAGGCAUGGGAUCUUCCAAGAAUUAUCCAAUCUCUCUUCCUCCACGAGUGAAUCCUCCUAUGUUAAGCCUAAUUCUUGACUAUUGCCGGUUCCAUCAAGUACUGGGCCGCUCUAACAAGGAGAGGAAGUCCUUUGAUGAAAAGUUUGUACGUUUGGGUACCAAAAGACUUUGUGAGUUGACAUCUGCUGCUGAUAGCCUGCAACUUAAGCCCCUUGUUGAUCUUACUAGUCGUGCACUUGCACGGGUGAUUGAAGGAAAGUCUCCGGAAGAAAUACGAGAGAUAUUUCAUCUGCCUGAUGAUCUCACAGAGGAAGAGAAGUUGGAGCCCAUUAAAAAUACCAUGGAUGAUCCGAGGAUUCGGCUUUUGAAUCGAUUGUAUGCUAGAAAGAGGAAAGAAUUAAAAGAAAGGGAGAGACUAAAGAAUAUUGAAGUCGGAGAGGAUCAAGUGGAUGACCGUUCGGUGGAUGAGCUCAUGUCAUUUAUCAAUGGAGCCAAUGAAGAUUCCAAGGUGAGCACAUCUUCUAAACACAAAAAGAAGAAUCGGAAAAGAAAAGAUAAUCACAAAACUGCUCCUUCAAACUGUACCGGUACUUCUGUAAGAAACGGUAUCCACAAUAAUAAGGAAACAGAUGGUGUUGAUUCGUACUGUAGCAAUCCAGCAUUACAUGACAGUCUUCUGCACAAUCUUUGUAAUGCCACAGAGUUACUUGAUAUUGGUGAUGACAGAAUUGCACCUGUAGAAGACGAGUUUGAUUGUUGCGAUUUAGAUGAUGAUAUUGAUCCUGCUUUGAAAGAAGAAAUUGAUAGGGAAGUGGAAGACUUUGCCCGACGAUUGAACCCAGAUUGGCCUGAUAGAAUCCAAGAUAUUCUGUUUCUGAGUCAGGGAAGACCGCUGCCGUUGCCUAAUGGAAAUUGUUCAAUGAGGGUGUUCACGAGUGUAGAUCAGCGCCUCAAUCAUGGAAACCCAUCAACUUGAAUAAGUUUAUUGCUGCGAAGGAAAUGGCCCUUUUGUUCGUGAGCAUGAGCUGGUUUGGAUUAACACUCAAAAUUCCAUCGUCAUUGGUAUUAUUUUUGACAUUAGAUAUUCAAUUUUGAUGAUCCGAGUUGAGCAACACAAUAAGGGAAGUAAUAUUAGUAUAGAUGAGAAACACAAGCCAAACCAUCUUGUAAUCUCCCUCUCUCUUUAAUUCAGUUUGGAGGGGUGCCUAGGAAAAUAGGAAUAGUAGUAGAUCAUGAGACUAGAACAAUCCUUCUCUCACCUUUUUUUUUGUCUUAUGGAUACAGCUGGGGGAGUCAUAGCCAGCAGUUGGGGUUUGGGAGUUAGUUGUAAAUAUCGCGAGAUUUAUGUAAUCUUGAAGAUUUUCGAGGUUAAUGGUCGAGGCCUCUCUGUCUUUCUCAGCUUA